AGCUCACACCGAAGCACAGCUCCACGAUGCUGGCCCAGCUCACUAUUCUGCUUGCCCUCGGGGUGCUCUGCAGCCCUGCGCCCACCACAACAUACUCCUGCUGCUACAAAGUGUACACCAUCCUGGAAGAAAUAACGAGUCACUUGGAGAGCACAGCGGCCACAGCAGGUCUGUCCUCGGUACCCAUGGACAUCAGGGAUAAAACCUGUCUGCGUAACAACCUGAAAACAUUCAUAGAGUCCUUGAAAACAAAUGGGACAGAGGAAGAAAGCGGAAUCGUCUUUCAGCUGAACAGAGUUCACGAGUGUGAACGCCUCUUCUCGAACAUAACUCCCACCCCCCAGGUUCCUGAUAAGGAAUGUAGAACUGCACAAGUAUCGAGGGAAAAAUUCAAAGAGGCAUUAAAAACUUUCUUUAUUUACCUCUCUGAUGUGCUCCCAGAGGAGAAAGACUGCAUCUAACCCAGGAAAUAACUCUACUGCAACUGAAAAUGUGAUUCUACUAUUAACUUAAUCUCAGGAAUAUUGAUUAUAUUUAUGGACGGGUGUGUAUAUUUAUACGUAAAAUGUGUGUUUUUAUAUAUUUAUAUAAAUUAUGUUGAGAGUCCUGCUCUCUCUAAUGACUGAAACGCACUACUCAGUCAAAAGACUGAAAUAUUUUAAAUGAGCUUUAAGUAUUUUAUACGGUCAUACUAGUUUAACUCAUGUCAUAUCACUCUGUAAUGCAAAAUGUUAUUUAUUUAUUUAUUUAUUUUUAUUUUUCUUAAUGGAUACUUUGAAAUAAAAUAUUUAUUGCGACA